AUGCCAGCUGAAGGAUUCCAAAGGGGCAAAUAUGUCCUGUUUAUGUUGGCUUUGCCGGGUAUUUUGGAUGUCCACAGGGUCCAGAGCUGUCGGAUUGGCUCUGGGCCAGAGUGUGAAAAAGCCUCUUUUGUCCCGGGCUACAACCUGGCCGGGGAAGGUUUUGAUGUGGUACGGAUGCGUCGAACAGGAGCAUAUGUCAUCAAUGUUAAAGCUCAUCUGGCUGACAACCACACUUGUACACUGUGUGCAAACCCAUUCCACAUGGGACAGAUUCAGAAGCUCCCAGCUGCAGUACUUGACUGGCGUCCCUUCAGCCGCUGCAGUAAGCAGCUUUCUAGUGCCCUCCACCACUCUGUAGACUCUCUGCUGCGCAGCUCCAGUUCCUUAGUUAACAACAACUGGGAUCUGGGUUUGAGCUUAGAUAAUAUUGGCAAGGCAGUGAUGGGAGGAAGCCGCUCAGACUUGGCCAAGUUUGCUCGUUCGCAGCACAGUGUGGAUAAAGCCACUUUUGCCAUCCAUGAAAUUAGUUGCACCUAUUACAGCUACAGGCUUGCUGACCAUCCCCAGCUGAGCACAGAGUUCAUGAGGCAUCUGAAGAGACUCCCACAGAGUUUAAAUACAAGCCAGAGCAAAGCCCUAUAUAGACGGCUAAUCGACACCUAUGGAACACACUACAUACACCAGGUCCAACUUGGUGGUAAAGUGAAGCGAAUAACAGCCUUUAGGACCUGCCUGGCCACACUGAAGGGCUUCUCGGAGUCUGAUAUCAAAAACUGUCUUAACAUUGAACUCCGCAUGGCUCUGGGUUUCGUCCCUGCCAAUGCAUCCUUCUCCAACAAGUGUGACAACCUCUUGAAGGGCAAUAUGAGCAUGGGUUUCUACCAGGGCUUCAUGACCCAUAAGAUCGAGGUUAUCGGAGGGGAGAGGUACUUCCCUGACAUCCUCUACCAGCAGGAUCCGUCCGAAGCGUACCUCAGCUGGAUGCACAGCCUCCACGACAACCCUGAUGUGGUUUCUUAUGCCAUCUUCCCUCUGCAUCAUCUGGUGGAAGACUCACAGAUCAGUGCUAACCUUAGAAGUACUGUCACAGAGUACAUUAAAGAGAACCAACUGAGGGAUGAGCAGAUGGGUUUCAAAAACUGCUCCCCGACCCCCAACUUGGACCACAACUGCUGUCCGCUUCGGGCAGGCAGAGGAACUCUCAGACUGGACAUCCACAGAGCUGCUGGUCUGAGGGCAGACACCUUCACAAAAACAGAUGCCUACGUUAAGAUCUUCUACAACGGUAUGUACGAGGAGACGGAGACAGUGAUGGACGACAAUAACCCAGUAUGGAAUGCAACUUAUAACUUUGGCUCAGUGGAACUGGGUCAGGAGUUGAGGUUUGAAGUCUGGGAUCGGGAUGUGCUUUACAAUGACUUAGCAGGGAGGUGUCUAAUCUUUCCUGAGCGAGGAACUCAUUCCUUAAGCUGUCAGCUGAAAAGAGGAGUUCUUUAUUUCACCUACACCAUCAAAUGUGAUUCUCACUUGACUGGCUUCAGGUGUGGAAGAUACUCACCCAACGCUGAGUAGAUUAUAAGAUUAAAGCAUGUUGUAGAUGAUAUUAUAGUAAC